AUGACGCGGUCAUCAUCAGCCGAGCCUGCCAAACCCUCGUCUUCCUCCAAGCGAAAGGGCACCCGAAGCGUUUCCACCUUGACGCCGUCACAGCUUGCUCGCAAGAGAGCCAACGACAGAGAAGCCCAGCGCGCUAUCCGUGCCAGGACCAAGGAGCACAUUGAGCGACUGGAAAGAGAACUGGAGGACCUCCGAAGCAGCCAGGGCCGCGACAAGACGGUCCAGGAACUAUUGCGCCGCAACAAGGCCCUCGAGGACGAGCUAUGCCAGCUCAAGGAGUCGAUGGGCGUGUCCAUGACGUCGUCUCCUUACUCGACCCCAACAGGUACGACCUACUCGACCUUGGUGCGUCCCCUGGACGGCCAUGACAGGACUUGCCUCGCGUCACCGCCGCAACAACUGCUAACCCCGUGCCCAUCAGCCUACAACGAUGACAGCUGCGGCGCCAUCCCCAGCCCCAGAAUGUCCCCCCUCCCGUCGGGAGGAGCCGACUACAUCUCCGACUACAGCCAGUCGACGCAGCAGUACGUGCCCAUGCCCAACUGCGAGGCGUGGGCGUCGACGCUCCCCUCCAGCGUCCCCAGCCCCUCGUCCUCGGUCAACACGGACGAGUACGGCCCUGGCGCCGGCUACAUCCCCACCAGCGUACCCAACUCCAUGAUGGGCACCUCGGGCGUGUGCAUGGUGGACGGCAAGGAGGUCAAGAUGGAGUAUGAGGGCAUGCACGACAUGAUGGGCUCCCAGAGCUACAUGCAGCAGAACCCCCCGCCGCAGCAGCGCCCUCAGAGCUGGCACAUGUACCCCGGCAUGUACUACGAGGGUGGCCAGAACGCCGUCAUCUCGCGAUGA